GGAAAUCCGGAAAAAAAAAGCGCAAAAAAUAGGAAAAAGUCGGUCGGAGUCCUCUCUCUCAGUUGUCAUGGGCAGUUGCGUCAUUUAAAUUGAGGAAUUCUCUUGCAAUUCUCUCACAAUUCCCUCGCAGUUCAGUUUCAGAUAGAUAAAGCACGAAAUCCCCAGAAAGACUCUCUCAAGAUGCAAAUCUUUGUGAAAACGCUUACUGGCAAGACCAUCACGCUUGAGGUGGAAAGCUCAGACACCAUUGACAAUGUAAAAGCCAAGAUCCAGGAUAAGGAAGGGAUUCCCCCCGACCAGCAGAGGUUGAUCUUCGCUGGAAAACAGCUUGAGGAUGGUCGCACUCUUGCUGACUACAACAUUCAAAAGGAAUCCACCCUCCACUUGGUCCUGCGUCUCAGAGGUGGUAUGCAGAUCUUUGUUAAGACUCUCACAGGCAAGACCAUUACCCUUGAGGUGGAAAGCUCGGACACCAUUGACAAUGUAAAAGCCAAGAUCCAGGAUAAGGAAGGGAUUCCCCCAGACCAGCAGAGGUUGAUCUUCGCUGGCAAACAGCUUGAGGAUGGUCGCACUCUUGCUGAUUAUAACAUUCAAAAGGAGUCCACCCUUCACUUGGUCCUCCGUCUCAGGGGUGGCAUGCAGAUAUUUGUGAAGACCCUUACUGGCAAGACCAUCACCUUGGAAGUUGAGUGUUCUGACACUAUCGACAAUGUGAAAGCCAAGAUUCAGGACAAGGAGGGUAUUCCACCAGACCAGCAGAGGUUGAUCUUCGCUGGCAAACAGCUUGAGGAUGGGCGCACUCUUGCCGAUUAUAACAUUCAAAAGGAGUCCACCCUCCACCUGGUCCUGCGUCUCAGAGGUGGUAUGCAGAUUUUUGUGAAGACUCUCACUGGCAAGACAAUAACCUUGGAAGUUGAAAGCUCGGACACCAUUGAUAAUGUGAAGGCCAAAAUCCAAGACAAGGAAGGGAUCCCACCAGACCAGCAGAGAUUGAUUUUUGCAGGGAAGCAGCUGGAAGAUGGAAGGACUCUAGCUGAUUAUAACAUUCAGAAGGAGUCAACUCUGCACUUGGUGCUGCGUCUCCGUGGUGGAAUGCAAAUUUUUGUCAAGACCCUGACUGGCAAGACAAUCACCUUGGAGGUUGAGAGCUCAGAUACCAUUGACAAUGUGAAGGCUAAGAUCCAAGACAAGGAGGGGAUUCCACCAGACCAGCAGAGACUGAUCUUUGCUGGAAAGCAGCUGGAGGAUGGCAGAACCCUGGCAGAUUACAAUAUCCAGAAAGAGUCCACACUUCACCUUGUGCUUCGCCUCCGUGGUGGCUUUUAAGCUCAUGAUGUGCCUAUUUAAUGUCUAUGGUUGUGGAGUCUUGCUUUCUCCAUGGUUUAAUGUUCUAUGGUGUUGGAUAAUUUGUUGCCAUCGUUGAAUGGCUUGCUUAAAUAAGUUGUUUGAACCUUUACCUUUUUUUCUUUUUAAAUGUGCUGUUGGUUUAUCGUUUGCAGACUCUGGUUUCAAGAUAUUGAAAUGGCCUUCAUAGGUCAUUGGAAG